AGGUGAUGUUCUCCCAGCUGUGUUUUCUGCUGAACUUCAUCUGCCUCCAUGAAAGAAGGAGCCUGCCAGCGUGAGGUCUAGGAGAGGGAGGAAUGCAUUUUUUUCCUAUUGUGGUUGAAGGAAACAAUCCUGGUCUGGGAUGGGAUGGCCUUUCUGGCCCUGCCUCCGUAGGAGCAUCCCUUCCUGCCUGCUCAGCUCCUGCACUGUGGUAUCACAGUCUAUUUUCUUUGCUUCUGGGUGAGCUCAGCCAAUCCCUUGGAAUAGUUGAGGAUAAAUUGUGACCUGCUCCAAAUAACCUGUAGGCAGAUGCAUGUCCAGAGAGUAUUUUAGUCCCUGACAUAUGAGCCCUGUCUAGAAUGGAAGGCCUGAUUCAUUCAUGGUGCCUCACCAGAGGCUGAUACCUUUCAGGAGAGCUUCAAAUUUGUGCCCAAAUGAGGACACAAGGGCAGUGAAGCACACCGAGCUCUGAGCAUGGUGUUGCUGGUUGUGAUAGUGUGCACCUUCAAUCCCAAACAACCCUCCCAAGGCCUGGAAAGACAGCAACUAACAGGGGACGUUGGUGUUGCAGUUCUUGUGUUUCUGAAGUGUUGACAGGCUUAUUGCGUGAAGCGGUGGUCUGAGGGGAAGCAAGCCCAGGUCAAACAAGCUGAAGGCGGGUGGGGGGGGCUUUAAUAGGCCUUGUGAUUUGGAGGCAUUUCGUUGCUGUCCUUCGUGUUGUGAUGCCACUACCCUUCCCAGCUUGGUGGAGGUUUGGUACCUUGUGAGAGGGGUCUUUUUUGCUUCCUGAGAGGAAACAAAAUGUCUGCAGUAUGUGCAGAGCCUCCUGCAUCCAGAUGCCUUUUCCAGAAAGCUAUUUAGAGCUCCAGGCUGUUGCUUGGAUAACUCUGUUCUCUGAUUCAUUAGUAGUGUGCAGUCCGUCCUGUAAUAUCCCAAAUUUGCCUGUGUUAAAGGCUUAGAGAGAGAGGCAAUAUCUUUUAAUAACUGUGUGAUGCAGUUGGAAAAAACUUCUGGACAUGCAGUUCUCUAGUGGCCUGGGUUAAGGGAAACACUUCAAGGGAGAAAUUCAGCUGGUUCCCUGGGUACUGAGGGAGAUGUUGCUGUUGCAAUCACAGCUUUUGGCGGGGGGGCAACUGCCACUGCCUGCACAAGCUGUCUCUCUUGGCCACACUCCCGGUCUCCUGCCUCCCUUUUCCCCUGCCCCAAGAAGGUGGGUGACCUGGGAUCAGUCCCACCAUGCCACAGGUCUUGCAGGCCCCGUGCUUGGUGCUGUGUAAAUAACACCAGGUGGCCGAGUUGUAGCAGUUGGCCAUGAGCUCCACCCCAGAGAUUAGGCUCUUGCCAUAUGUGUUUGGGAAGUUUGCUUUCCCCCUGACCUUGGUGGCAGUGCUGUGGAGGAUCCUGCUGGGCAGCGCUACCUUGUAUAGCAGGCACGUGCCUGGCUCUGCUCAUUCCGUGUUAGCUGUGCUGAAGGUGCCUUCAGUUACCCGACUCUUGUUCUUGAAAGCAUUCAGUCUUGCUCCCUGCAGCUUCUACUUCCUAUUCCAGGUGGGUGCCUGAGGCUUGAUUCUUACCUGGUAAACUGCUCCCUGUACGUGCAGGGCUCUGGUGACGCCAGAGGGAGGGUUGUGAGUUUCCCAGCUGGAAAGGAGACACAGGCCACGCAGAUUCUCCAUCCCAGUUCACCCUGUUCCCCCUGCUCUAGAAGUAUUUGAGGAUUCCCACCUACAAACCCUUUCAGUCUGGGGUGGGAGCUGACAGCUCAGGGCAGGCAGAAGGGGGAUGACAGAGUAGAUGUCUGUUUACUGACGUAUGCCGUAGUGUUCCCUCCUGUCCAUAUGUGUUCCCUGUCGCUAGCUGCCUUCUUCUAGCCAGAUACUGUGGGAGACUUGCAAGGCAGAAGUAGCAUCAGGCUUUGUGUUGCUGGAGGAGGAUUUUGCUGAGCAAUUGUGGUGCUGUAAUUCUUCGUUGGAGUUGCUGGAUUUCACUGUUCAGGUAGCAGCUCUUAUGAAGUAUUUCUUAUUACAAGCCCUUGUUGAGAUUGAUGUUGCUUUCCUUGUUUCAUAUUGUGCCAUGCCAGGCUGAUCUAGGACUUACCGUGGCUAGAGAGGUGUAAUUGGUGCUGUGGCAGGGCUGCCUGUGGUGCCCAGUCAGCAGUGUGUUGCACACUUACUUCUCUGUUCAGGGUUUUCAAGCGCUGGAACAGACCAUAGACAUUUUCAGUAGGUUUUCUGUCUAGUUUUGGGGUCCUGUUACCCCUGCAUUUCUGCAGUAUGUGAAGAGAGCAGCGUUCGGUCUGAACUCCUACUCCUCUGCCUGUUUUGCUGAAUCCUACGUGUGUGAUCUGGGGUAAUCUGCUUCCUGGCUCUGCGCUUCUGGUCUGGAGGAAGCUUUCUGCUUCCUCCAUGACAAGGGGGUGAAAAUCCCUAUGUCCUGCUGGGAUUAGGCUUGCCUAUUCCAGCCUGUGGCUGUGGAGUGAGUGUGCCCAGCCCACUGGGUGAGAUACCAGCGUGGGAUGGGUGCCCUUCCCUCUGAAGGGAGGUAGCGUGCAGGCUGCUCUGCUCUCUGCAGUGAAAGCUGCAUGGUGGCUUUUGUCUGUUUUCUCUCUCCUCUGCCUUCACAUCUUCUCUUUCCCUGCUGUGCAUCUAUCUGGACAGACUUUCCACUCCCCUCCUGGGACUGUGUAGGGUGCGUUACAAAGGCUCAGGUUACUGGACUUGACAGUUUAUCCCUUCAUUGGCUUAGGAGCUAAACACUUGCUGCUGCUAUCAUUUGGGAGGGGAUCAGGGCACUCAUGUCCUUCCCCCAGCUCUUCUUCCUGCUGAAGAGUUGGUGUGAAGACUCGUGUGUGUUGCUAUGGAGCACAGUGGCUGUGGCUUUGCCAGCACUUCUGGGACACGUGUACAGUUCUUCUCGCCUGGGUGGGGAAUGUGACAGGACAGAGCUCCAAUCUGGAACAGGAAACAUGCAACACACAGAUACUCCCCCAUGGGUUGGUUGAGUAGCUUAGAGUGAUGGUGAGGUGUGCUUUGCAAAAGGCUGGAGGAAGGUACUGAACCAAGGCAUUGGGCAGUGCUGCUUGGCUGUGCAGGGGCCUCUCCCCAGAGCUCCUUUGAGCAGUAGCUUUUUCAAAUGACUCUGUCUUUUGGGUUUCAGGUGACAGCAAGCUGCAGAACCCCAAGCACAUCUGGGAUGUGCGCUCUGCUCAUGAAGAUGAGAACCCCUAGUUAAAAGAGUGGUCCUCAAUUACCACCAGGCCCUGCCAGUUUCUUCAGCUGUUCCUGGAUACUCUUGCAACAUUGGCAGCCUACAAAGGCUCUAGGAUGCUGGGACCAGCUGGGCUAGGCCUGCCCACGUGAUCCUCGGCGACCUGCUCCCCGCUGCCAGCCCACCAUGUUGCGCUCCUGGCGUGUGAAGCUGAAGCUGCUGCUUGCCACGGUGACCCUCGCCAUCCUCCUCUCCUGGCUCUACCUCUUUGUGGGAAGCCUUGAAUAUGGCCGCUUUCUCCUACUGCCGCCGUGCCUGGGUGAGCAGCCAAGCAGGGACAUGGAGCGCGAGGCGCUGGCGUCGCAGGUGCGCAGGAUGGAGGAGGAGAACCAGCAGCUCCGCCUGCAGCUCAGCCAGGUGCAGGCAGACAGCAGCGAUGGCAGCCCGCAGUGGGGGGCCUCCACCGAAGAUGGGACCCUCCCCGGGGCUGAGAGGAGCAACCGCACAGCCUGCCCCAAGCAGCGGACGGUGCACAAGUGUGAGCUCCUGCAUGUUGCAGUUGUGUGUGCUGGACACAAUGCAAGCCGGGAUGUGGUCACCCUGGUGAAAUCCAUCCUCUUCCACAGGAAAAACCCCCUCCACUUUCACCUCAUCACAGACUCGGUGGCUCAGCAGAUCCUCCAGACGCUCUUUCAGUCCUGGAUGGUGCCCUCCGUCCAUGUCAGCUUCUACAACGCCGAGGACUUGCAGCCAGAGGUGUCAUGGAUCCCCAACAAGCAUUACUCUGGCAUCUAUGGGCUGAUGAAGCUAACACUUGCCAAGGCGCUGCCCUCCAACCUCUCCAAGGUCAUCGUCUUGGACACCGACAUCACCUUUGCCACUGACAUCGCUGAGCUCUGGGCCAUCUUUGGAAAGUUCUCUGACAAGCAGGUGAUUGGGCUGGUAGAGAACCAAAGCGACUGGUAUUUGGGCAACCUCUGGAAGAACCACAAACCGUGGCCUGCUCUGGGACGUGGCUUCAACACAGGAGUGAUCCUGCUGCUGCUGGACCGCCUGCGUCGCCUGGGCUGGGAGCAGAUGUGGCGGCUGACGGCAGAGCGGGAGCUCAUGAGCAUGCUGUCUACCUCGUUGGCUGAUCAGGACAUCUUUAAUGCAGUGAUCAAGCAGGACCCAGCCUUGGUGUACCGACUCCCGUGCUUCUGGAAUGUGCAGCUCUCCGAUCACACCCGUUCAGAGCAAUGCUACACUGAGGUCUCAGAUCUCAAGGUGAUCCACUGGAACUCACCCAAGAAGCUGCGGGUGAAGAACAAGCACGUGGAGUUCUUCCGCAACCUCUACUUGACCUUCCUGGAGUACGACGGGAACCUGUUGCGCAGGGAGCUCUUUGGCUGUACCAGCCUCCCCAGCCCUCCCAGCAACCAGCUGCAGCAGGCGCUGGAGGAGUUGGACGAGGAUGAUCCCUGCUAUGAUUUCCGCCGACAGCACCUCACACAGCACCGUGUCCACCUAUUCUUCCUGCAGUAUGAGUUCCCGGCCCUUACUGACCCCACUGAUGUCACCCUUGUGGCUCAGCUCUCCAUGGACAGGCUACAGAUGUUGGAGGCCAUCUGCAAACACUGGGCAGGUCCCAUCAGCCUGGCACUGUACAUGUCAGAUGCAGAGGCCCAGCAGUUCCUGCGCUAUGCCCAGGCCUCGGAGGUGUUGAGUGCCCGCCGAAAUGUCGCCUACCACAUCGUCUACAAGGAGGGGCAGUUCUACCCCAUCAACCUCCUGCGCAACGUGGCUUUGGCCAACACACAGACACCGUAUGUCUUUCUGACUGACAUUGACUUCCUGCCUAUGUAUGGCCUCUACGAUUACCUCAGGAGCUCUAUCCAGCAUCUGGAGCUGCCCCACAGGAAGGCAGCUCUCAUUGUGCCAGCGUUUGAGACCCUGCACUACCGCCUGACCUUCCCCAAAUCCAAAGCAGAGCUGCUCUCCAUGCUGGACAUGGGCUCUCUCUACACCUUCAGGUACCACGUGUGGCCAAAAGGCCAUGCCCCAACUGACUAUGCCAAGUGGCGGACAGCAACCGUGCCAUACCGUGUUGCGUGGCAGCCAGACUUUGAGCCUUACGUUGUAGUGAGGCGAGACUGCCCAAAGUAUGACCAGAGAUUUGUGGGCUUUGGCUGGAACAAGGUGUCCCACAUCAUGGAGCUGGAUGCGCAGGAGUAUGAGCUGCUGGUCCUGCCCAAUGCCUUCAUGAUCCACAUGCCUCACGCCCCCAGCUUUGACAUCUCCAAGUUUCGCCUGAGCGCAGGGUAUCGGGGCUGCCUUCAGACACUACGGGAAGAGUUCCAUCAGGACCUAUCACGGAAAUACGGGGCUGCUGCACUCAAAUACCUCACCGCUGAGAGGAACCUGUGAUGCCCAGGGACAGCGGAUGUGGGGCACUAGCAGCACGUUGCAGAGAGGAGCGCGCAGGGCCUCCUGCCUGCCCUGGCCAAUCUCCAUAGUCUUGCUUGAGGAACCUGAGCUGGCCACACAGCCUCUCCAGCCCAAGAACGGGAUGCCUGUAGUUAAGAUGGAAGAUGCCAGCUGUGAGGAUGGGAGAAGGCCUGUGGAUCAAACUGCCACAGCGUGGGUCAGAGCAGCAGCCUCUCUAUGUUAUGACAUGGGGGAACCUUCUCCCAUGCUAGGGACCAGGGGCAUUGGUCUCCCUUGUCCCAUUGCCAGAGCCUUGGACAAGGUUAAUGGUGCUGGGGCUCUUCUACAGGUUCCCUGCAAGUUUAUUCCCAGUCUCAGACAUCUCCUCAGUAAGAAGUUUUAGCUGAUGUGGAUUCACAGCCUUUGCUGGCUCACUUCUGCCUGGGCCUGGCUCCUUCAGGCUCCUAGAGUUGUACAUGUGAGCUGCCCUGCUCUACCUUGUUCUGCCUCCUUCUCUUCUGUGGUCUCUGUUUGCAGUUCUCUGCACUCUACCUCUGGAGCUUUGGUGAGUGGGGGAAGGGGAUCUAGAACAUCCUCUUGCAUCCUUUGUGGAGCAGGCUCAGAAAAGAGGGAGGUAGGGCCAGAGAUUGCCAGGAGCUGUGGAGUCCUGGAUCAAGCUAGCACCAAGGCUGGCUGGUAAAUAGGGUGAGAUAUUGGUUCUCCUUGCCCCUGUGGAGACAGUCUGCAGCGGGGCUGGUCCAGUACUGGUGUUAUGAGUGCAAAGAUGGGCUAUCUUCCUUCCCUGGCACCCACUCCAGAAUAGGCUGGUAUAUCUCUGCAGGAAGCAGCUGUGCCUGUGACCAACAGUUUGAGGGCCAACAGUGGCCAGCACGGCACGGCUGUGAACCAAGCGUGGCCACAGUGGUGCUCGUGUAGGCAGGGUAUCUGUCCGUGUCCUCAUGGCACAGCACUGGCAGAUGGUUAUACAAAGGGUUUCUGUGCAAGAAACCAGUCAGCUGCUUGUCACUGUGCUCAGUUUUGGCACUGUAGAGUCCCAGCUUUAUUUAAAUGAAAGCAAGGUGAUGUGUUGUUGGGCUGAGUGAUACCAUUAUCAUGGUAUCAUCCGUGCCGGCAUGAGAAGGCGCUGUGCAGUUACAGUCCAGCUUCACCUUGCUUUUGGCUACAGGUUUGCUGCUGCAGGCUCAGCUGACCUUAGAUGAUUUUUUCAGCUCUAGGCGACCACUGUGGGAGAAACCACUGAGUCCCUGCAGCCACAGGUAUGACUAAAACAGCAUCGUGGUGGGCCAGAGAAACUCCUUACACAGGACCACCCUGAGCCCCCCCAGCUCUUGGAAACACAGACAUUGUCACCGACAAUCAGGGCUGUGGUUGGCACUGUAAGAGAUUGUAGCUGAGUGCUGUGGCUGGAUCCCUGCAGCUUGGCUAGGCACUGUUCCACAGCUAUCACAACACUGGAGCACAGAGGAUGCAUUGCUUUCCUCACGCUAUUUAAAUUAUUUAAUAUGUUUCUCAUAAGAUGUAAAUGAUUAGGGUGUAUUGGGUUUUUUUAAAAAAAUCCUUUCUUCCUCCCGGAUGAUUCUUCUGGUGGCGCUGGAGGCUCUCCAGGCCAGUUGCUGCUGCAGUCUCUGCUGCUCUCUUAGCAUCAUUCUGAUCUGCAAAAGUCAGAUCUGUGCAGGUGUGAAGACUUCCGUCCAUCAUGGGAGUGGCUAGGAGGAGCUGUACACAUUGCAUUGUAUGGAAAGGGCACAAACGCCUCUUGCUUUUUUCUCUCUUUUUAAUUUAAUUUUUAAAUUAAAGCUUUUUUAUUCUUUUCCAAA